CGUUUCGGGGUACCGUGUCUUCCAAAAGUUCGGUUCGCCUCUGGCGGUACCUGGUUAGGACGGGUUCGGCCAACCGUCUACGCCUACCGUCGGUACCUAGGUACCGUUACACGGUAUGGGGGUACCGUGUAGGCGGUAUACCCUACCGUGUGGCGUACCGCUAGAGGUAUAUAAAGUCAUAUCCUUACACUGGUUUCUACCUAUAUUCUACGAUAGUUUUAGUGUUUCGACUUCAUUCUUGAGUACCGAAUCUUAAUGGAUUCUUGUUUUCCUGAAACACUUAAACAAACGUUAAGCUCUUAUAUUGUUUCUUAACAUCAAAACAUGAGACUUAGCAAACCAAGGCUAACAAUCAUUAAUCCCCUCAAUCUUCUCGGGAAGACAUACACCGACCGAGAACUUGUAAGAAAGGUAUUACGAAGCUUAUCCCCAAAAUGGCGUUCAAAGGUGGACGCAAUUGAAGAAGGACGUGACUUCCAAACAACGACCUAUGAUGCUCUUCGAGGUAACCUCAUUACCUACGAAACCACCCAACUCUCAAAGGUGGUUGAAGAGAAGAGCAAGAGGUCUAUUGCUCUACCUGCAACAACAUCAUCCCACAACAACGUUGAUGAUGAAGAUGAUGACAGUGACGACACCGACCUCGGACUCUUCGUCCGAAAAUUCAAGAAGAUGAUGCUCAAGAGGGGAGCCAAGAAGAACACUCCACCCAAGUGCUAUGGGUGUGGUGAAAUUGGACACAUCAAACCAAUGUGCCUAAAGCUCAAGAACGAGAAGGACAAGAGGGCACCGAAGAAGCAACGUGCCUGCAUUUCUUGGGAGAACGACGGCUCUGGGAGUGAAGACUCGGAAACGGAGGAAGUGGCCAACUUAUGUCUCAUGGCCAUUGAAGAUGGUGAUACAUCAAAAGAGGUAAGUGAUCAAAAACCUUCUCCCAAUGAUCCUUUAACUCUUAAUGAUGUUGUUUGCAUUGUAGAAGAUUUGGUAGGAAUGUUCAAAAAGGCUCGCAAAAAAUCCUGAUUUUUGAGAAUGAAAUCAAAGAACUCAAAAAUAUAAAUGAUAAACUUAAACAAGAAAUUAUCUCUUUUGGAAAAAGGCCACAAGAACCUUCAACUACUUCUUCUUCUACAUGCUCUAGUUGUACGUCACUAAAAGCUAAGGUUGCUAGUUUAGAGAGCAAAUUGGGAAAGUCCAAUAAUGCUUCAAACACCUU